AAGUGCGCGCUGUUCCUUUUGCGCAGGGCGGUCGCUGGCGAUGGAUCUGGCCGAGGCUCCGAUCACAACUCGUCCCCCUUUCCUUAAAUGGGGUUGUUUGUAAAAGUUGCCGGCGGCCCAGAGGCAUCGUAAUACGGAGCACAUCGGUAAAGCGUCUCGCCGUAAAAGGGCAGCGGGGAGAGAGGGAGAAGCAGUGGACGGGACGGCGGAGUUGGAAUCUGCCGGGCAGGCUCCACCAGUGAGCACAGGCAGACAGCUCUCGGAGCCAUACGCCGAGGAACUUCCUUGAGUAAAGGUCCCAAGCGAGAUGGAGAUGCUCCGACGUUCUUCCGUUUUUGCUGCUGAAGUGAUGGAAGUGUUUGAUCGCUCUCCUCCCGAUAAAGAACUUAUUUCUCAAGCCAAAGCACUCUGCCGAGACUACAUCCAUUCCCGCCUGAUCCGAGCUGGUAUUGUUUGGAGCAAACCAGACCAUCUGGCUGCUGGCCCAGCAAGCAAACUCACUGAGGUGUCGGCUGCACUCCUUCAUUUGGGUGACGAAUUAGAGUACAUCAGACCAAAUGUCUACAGGAACAUUGCCAAACAACUGAACAUCUCAGUCACUUCUGAAAACAUCGUGUCAGAUGCGUUUCUGGCUGUUGCUACUGAACUUUUCUCUGCAGGUAUAACCUGGGGGAAGGUGGUGGCCCUCUAUGCUGUAGCUGGUGGAUUAGCCAUCGACUGUGUGAAGCAGGGACAGCAUGCCAUGGUGCACACAAUCGUCGAUUGCUUGGGAGAGUUCGUCCGGAAAACGCUGGUGACGUGGUUAAGGAGACGGGGUGGAUGGGCUGACAUAACAAAAUCUGUGGUUAACAACGAUCCCAGUAUCCGCAACCAUUGGCUCAUCUCUGCCAUCUGUACCUGUGGACACUUCCUCAAAGCGAUUUUCUUCUUCCUCCUGCGAGAGCGAUGAUUCUGCCUGGGAUUUUGUGGUCCUUUACAUAAUUCCCGUACUUAAUGUGAUACAAAACUCGCAGCAUGCCUGAUAUACCGUCUUGACUGAACGGAAUUUCUGCCGUUGCUGGACUGGAGUAAGAACCAUUCAGAGAGAUCGGGCAAAUGGGGUACAUUUAGCUAAACAUAAUUAGACUAGAAUUCUACAGAUUGCCCCAUGUUGUCUAAAUUUCUGGACACAAGGGGAGGAAGGAUAGAUAAGGAGGAGAUUGCAGCAAAUGAAAUAUUUACAGUGCCCGCCAUAAUGUUUGGGACAAAGACCCAUCAUUUAUUUAUUUGCUUCUACUCCGCAAUUUGAGAUUUAUAAUAGGAACAAAAUCACAUGUGGUUAAAGUGCACAUUGUGCAGACUUUAUUGUGCAGAGUAUUUUUAUACAUUUUGGUUUCACCAUGUAGAAAUUACAGAUGUGUUUAUACAUAGUCCCACCCAUUUCAGGGCACCAUAAUGUUUGGGACACAUAGCUUCACAUGUGUUUGUGAUUGCUCAGGUAUGUUUAACUGUAUCUUUAAUGCAGAUAUAAGAGAGUUCUCGGCACCUAGUCUUUCCUCCAGACCUUCCAUCAUCUUUGGAAACUUCUAUUACUGUUUAUCAACAUGAGGACCAAAGUUGUGCCAAUGAAAGUCAUAGAAACCAUUAUGAGUGAGAAACAAGAAUAAAACUGUUAAGAGACAUUAGCCAAACCUUACCAAAAUGAACUGUUUGGAACAUCAUUAAGAAGAGAGAGCACUGAUGAGCUUACUAAUCGCAAAGGGACUGGCAGGCCAAGGAAGACCCCCACAGCUGUAGACAUAAGAAUUCUCUCUAUAAUAUAGAAAAAUCCCCAAACACCUGUCCAACAAAUCAGAAACACUCUUCAGGACUCAGGUGUGGAUUUGUCAAUGACCACUGUCCGCAGAAGACUUCAUGAACAGAAAUACAUAAGCUGCACUGCAAGAUGCAAACCACUGGUUAUCCGCAAAAAUAGGAUGGCCAGGUUACAGUUUGCCAAGAAGUACUUAAUAGAGCAACCACAGAUCUGGAAAAAGGUCUUGCGGACAGAUGAGACGAAGAUUAACUUAUAUGAAAGUGAUGGCAAGAUCAAAGUAUAGAGGAGAGAAGGAACUGCCCAAGAUCAAAAGCAUACCACCUCAUCUGUGAAACACGGUUAUGGCCUGGGCAUGUAUGGCUGCUGAAGGUACUGGCUCACUUAUCUUCAUUGAUGACACAACUGCUGAUGGUAGUAGCAUAAUGAAUUCUGAAGUGUAUAGACACAUUCUAUCUGCUCAAGUUCAAACAAAUGCCUCAAAACUCAUUGGCUGGCAGUUCAUUCUACAGCAAGACAAUGAUCUCAAACAUUCUGCUAAAGCACCAAAUAAGUUUUUCAAAGUUAAAACAUGGUCAAUCCAUGAGUGGCCAAGUCAAUCACCCGAUCUGAACCCAAUUGAGCAUGCUGAAGAGAAAACUGAAGGCAAUUAGCCUCCAAAACAAGCAUAAGCUAAAGAUGGCUGCAAUACAGGCCUGGCAGAGCAUCACCAGAGCAGACACCCCACAACUGGUGAUGUCCAUGAAUUUCAGACUUCAAGCAUGCAAAAGAUAUGCAACAAAAUACUAAACAUGACUACUUUCAUUUACAUGACAUUGUUGUGUCCCAAACAUUAUGGUGCCCUGAAAUGGGAGGAUUAUAUAUAAACACUGCUGUAAUCUCUACAUGUCAAAACCAAAAUGUAUUACAAAUCUCAAAUUGUGGAGUACAGAGGCAGAUAAAUAAAAUAUGGGCCUUUGUCCCAAACAUAAUAGAGGGCACUGUCCACCCACUAGAGCAGCCUAAAUGACAAAUUAACAAUAGCCAUGAAUGAGGUAUAAUUUUUUUUUAAAGUCACCAUUUCUAUGGUUUCCUCGUGGAUUCUACAAAUUAGCUGCACAACAAUGAAUUUUUGCUAGUACCUGUACUACAAAAAUCCAACUUAAGGCUGAUUUAAAAUACAAAAUGAACAGGAAUUUUCAGAUUGGCGAACAGUUGGCUGAAAUUUGAUGAGACCAUUUCAUGGUAAAAAAUAUCAUUAGCUGCAUAAAGUACAGUUUCUUUUAGUUUAGAGAUACAGUGCGGAAACAGGCCCUUUGGCCCACCGGGUCCGCGCCGACCAGCGAUCCCUCACAUUAACACUAUCCUACACACACUAGGGACAAUUUUUACAUUUUCCAAGCCAAUUUACCGACUUACCUGUACGUCUUUGGAGUGUGGGAGGAAACCGAAGAUCUCGGAGAAAGCCCACGCAGGUCACGGGGAGAAGGUACAAACACCGUACAGACAGCACCCGUAGUCGGGAUCGAACCCGGGUUCGCUGUAAGGCAGCAACUCUACCGCUGCGCCACCGUGAUGCCCGGUUUAUUCAUGUAAAGGCCUAUCUGUGCUAGAAUCUUUCCAGCACAAACCUUCAGAUAAAUGCAUGACUCCAUCUAAGGUACUUUUGCUUAUUUUUUCUUGAUUAAUUAUUGCAUUUUCGGCAAUUCUACCUUAUAUUUUAAAAUCCUCUUCAAAAAUACCUAUGGCCACAUUUUAAAUUACUCGAUACGAAGUUAAUAAUGAUCGUAGGAUUGAAUUUAGACUCUGAAGAACUAAAAAACUGAAAAAGAAACACAUAUGAAGCUGGAAGUACUUAGCACACCAGGUAGCAGGAAAGGAGUUAGUUCCAGAUUACUCUCCACAGGUGGUGCUUCACCUACUGAUUAUUUCUAACACUUUGUGUAGACAUUCCAUGGCUGCUCAGCUGAUCCUCGUACAAAAACUUAGUCUUAGCUUGCUUUCACGCAUGAAAAGGGGGUGUUUAAGCCUCCUACAUGGUUGUCAGGAUUCAGAAAUUCUGACGCACAUCAGCCUUAUGGCUAUAGAUUAUUGUUCAGCAUGAAAGUCGGUGAUGCUCCUCCAAAGAUGGUGAUGUUUAUAAACAAAAUCAACAUGGAGCGAGUCAGAGUUCCUGAGUAGAAUGUGGGAUUUUAAAAUAUACUCCCUGAAUGAGAAGUUAGGUGGUGUAAUUGCUCCAAUCUCCACUAUAAUGGUCUAGCGUGGCCCCAAGAAGCCUGCAACCCUUUCUUGACCACAUUCAUUUUAAGCACCGAUAGCAACAACACAGCAGGCUGAAAUUCCAAGCCUACUUACUUACUCCUGUUCAAAUCAGGGCCAUGGCCUAAUAUGGAAAGCUAAAGCAAACACAGACUUUCUGAACUUGUGUCCUUAAGCAUUAUAAUGAGGGAGGCUGACGUAAUCUACAGGGAGAAAAUAAAGAUUUAGUUCCGAUUUAUCAGUGAAGUCAGCAAUGGAAUGAUUUUUUCACCCAAAAUAAAGUGGGACGUGGCCUUAUAUAAAAUCCAUGCAUAUGUCCAGGAUGAUCAUGCUGAAUAAUUAUUCUGAGAAGGACCGUGAGCUCUCUCAAACAGUUCUCCAUGAAAAAAAUAAUCCAUUGAGGUGUUUAGAACAUUGUAAUUAUUUAACCAGGAAGUAGCACUGACUUGAAACAAGCCAUAGCCACACAAUUGACCAAAAAAUUAUAAUAUGUCUUUAAAAUCGGAAAUAACUACAAGGGAGUCACUCAAUUAUAGGAAAUCAAAGAUUUGAGUUCAACAGGUGAGGUAAGAGUGGCGAUCCUUGAUGUCAAGGCAGCUUUAGAUUGAUAAAGGAGAACUGAAGUCAAUGGACUUUUCAGUGGUAGGAAUUAAAUCUCAUACAAUGGAAGGUUGUGGUUGCUGGGGUCACCCAACCCAGCCCUAGAGCUUUACUGAAGGAGUUCCUCAAGGUAACUAUCCUCAAUCCAUUUUUUGCUGCUUCAUCAAUGACUCACAAGAUCAGAAGUAAGGAAGUUCACUAAUGAUUGCCCAAUUUUCAAUUGAUUCUGAACCUAGAGAAGGAAAUGGACAAGAAUCAGGCGUGGUCUGACGUUUACGCCCCACAGCCAUCUUCAACAGUCGAGAAUCUAUCCGUCUACCCUUGAUAUUCAACAUAUUACCAUCGCCAAAUUCCCCCAUCAACUUUUUUCAGAAACAAUUGAAUCUGUCUCCAGAGACUGGGUAUUCUGUGUCAAGUGACAUCCCAAAAUCUUUCCAUCAUUUACAGGCACAAGUCGAGCAGAAUAAAUGCUUUCCUAAUGAGUGCAACUCCCAACAACACACAAGCUUGACAUCACCCUGGACAAAGCAGCUUGUUAUAUUGGCACUGUACACCACAGAUGUAUAUUUGUCUGCAGGGUAUGCCAUCUACUAAAUAUUCACCAGUUACCUAAUAGUUGAACAGCACCUUCCAACCCAUGACCUCAAACACCAAGAGCAAGGGCAGUAGGGACAUUGGAACACCAACAUUUACAGCUUCCUUCCCAGUCACACAUAAUGUCGACGCUUCUAAUAUCACUGAUUGAAAACCUAUAACUCCUACCCUAAUUAACAGUGUGGGACUAACUUCACAAUAAGGUUACCACCAUUUAGGGAAGAACAAAAUACUGGACUUGCCAGUGAUGCCCACCCCCUGGAAAAUUAAAUUAAAUAACAUUCAAGUCAGUGAAAUCUAUAGAAUAAAAUUCUGGAAACAAUGCAAAAAGCUGUAACCGCAUAGUGCAUGUGCGUAAAGGCAGUGAGCAGUACAUUAUCAGUUGUGUUCAGGCUAAAGCUAGUCGUCAAUUUUCUUAACAAAUAGGUUGAUCUACCAAAAGAAUGAGACAAUGCAAGCUAUUAAUAGUACAUGCACUUUUAUAACAAUCAAUGUAGAUUCACCACAAAUAAAAAACCUGUUAAGAAUAUAUUUCUUACAAUAUGCAAGAAAAUAUGCAUCAAAGCUUUGAACUGGGAAUUAAUUUUUUUAACCUCGCAUUAGGGUUAACAUAAAAUGCACUCACACCAGGCCUCAUAUACAUGGCCUAAUGCUGGAAAGCUGUUGACUUCUGGGUAGGACACCAGGUUCUGGCAAGUCACACUUGUGAAAUGUUACAGGAGUCGAGUUGAAACUGGGAGGAACAAUCUUUGCAGCUGGGGCAGUAAUUACAGGGUUAACUGGCUUAAAGACAAGUCUAGUCAGCAAAAGCUAAAACUGGGAACAUAUUUACAUAUUAUCCUUACAUACUAACUAUCUCUUAACUAUCCAUAAUUCAUGUAACACUGGUAAACUUUAAGUACUUUGUCUUUGGAUUGUUUUUGUGACUAAUCAGGUUUAAAAUCCAUGUUGUGUUUUAUCUGUACUCUUGUACACACCCCAUAGUGCUACGUGAAUUGGGGUAAUAUUGACUUUAUUAAUAAAGAGUACUGAUCAAACUA